AUGCAAGCCACUCGAGCGCUGUUGAAGCGCUCCGUGUGGAAAGGACCACACCUUGUUCCGCUCCCGAUUGUAUUCCCCAAGAAACAAGGCGAUAAAGUCCCCCCCGUGCGAACACAAGCCCGCUCGGCGACCGUUUUGCCCAACUUUGUCGGGCUCAAGUUUGAGAUUCACAAUGGCAAGGACUACCACCAGGUGACGAUAACAGAGGACAUGGUUGGACACAAGCUGGGCGAGUUCUCACCGUACGUUUGCACCUCGCUUCGUUAA